AUGGACUGGGAUAAACUACUCUUCAAUACCGCGGUGUUUGCUGCCGGUGUAUUCAUGUUAGACUACGGCGCUGAUAAAUUCAUUGACCACACCGUUAUUGUUGGCCAGCGUCUGGGAGUUUCCCAGACCCUUAUUGCUGUACUGACUGCGGGUGCUGAAUAUGAGGAGCUUGCCGUAGUCAUUGCGGCUGUCCUGCAAAAGCAGUCGCCGCUCGCACUAGGAAAUGUGAUGGGCUCCUCCAUUUCGAAUGUCCUGGGUGCCUUUUCCCUGGGCCUUUUACUCCAUCCUGGGCCGCUCGUUUUUGAUCCCAGUGCCAAGGUAUAUACAGCGUUACUUUUCUCAAUCACAACCGCUUUCUCCAUUCUCGUUUACUUCAACCUGUUGAACAAAGUCACCGGUGGUGUACUAGUGGCGACCUUUCUCGUAUAUAUGAUAUGUACUUGCUAUGCAAUUCAUAAAGGAGUUAUGGAACCACCAGAAGCUUCUGACAGCGACAGCGACAGCGACAGCGACAAUGACACCAGCGACGAUGAGCAUCCUUAUCUCUCACCCAGGCCGCAAGGCAACAUAGUGCAGGAUGAGUCGGAAACAUCCCCUCUUCUCACAAAUGAAGAGGCCCCUACCUCCAGGAAGCGCGCUCCACGUUCACUUUUCUAUCAUAUCUCCCAACUCGUGAUAGGCCUGUUAGCGCUCACCAUCUCUGGUUAUCUGUUGUCACGCAGUGCGUCGGCAAUUGCAGACUGUUUCCACCUCUCGGGGACCCUUGUUGGUCUCACAGUGGUGUCAUUCGCUACGACGUUACCGGAAAAGAUGAUUGCCAUUAUCAGCGGCUCUCGUGGACACAGUGGCAUUGUGGUAGCCAGCACUGCAGGAAGCAAUAUUUUCCUUCUGACUCUGUGCGCCGGUGUUAUUGGUCUUGCAGAACUCCCAACGGACAACAGUGACCGCGUCCUGCUCUUCGAAGUCUUUUCUACCUGGGUAUCAUCCGUGAUGCUCUUUCUGGCGGUCUUUGUCAGCGCAAACCGUGCGGUAGGCGCUGUGUUUCUAGUGAUGUAUGUGGCCUUCUUGAUCCUUGAGUUUACUGUGUAUAGAAGAUGA